CCAUAACUCCCCACCGCUGGCCGCCACUAAACUCUCUCUCUCUCUCUCUCUCUCAAUCUCCGUAUCCAUCCGCUUUUCGUGCUGUCUUCCUCGUCGGUCCGGGAAACCAGUUGAAGAGUUCUGACCAUACUAAGCUGGCGAUAGCACUGAGCAAGAGUUCAGAGGCUACCAAGUUGAACUCUCAGCAUCUAUUCGAAUCCUGGAGUUUUCAGGCUGCUCAGGAAGGAAUGUGCCUUGGACUACAACAUAGAGAUAUGUACCUUGGACUAAGAAAGCUGCGUACCCAUAGCUACUCCAAAACUUAAAGCCAAUGCCGGAAUUUCAUGUGUGCUCAUUUUGUCCGACCACUCCUCAGAAAACUUGAGCCUGUUACCUCUGCCCCAUUUCACUUCUGUCCCAAGAAUUAUCAUUACCUCUCCUUUAACUACUUUUUAAACUCCUGCUCUUCUCUUUCAAACCUCAAAUGUAUCCACGCUCUAAUCUUCCAACAUGGAUCCAACCAAAGCCUCCUCCUCUCAACAAAGCUGGUUACUUUGGCAUCUUCAUUGGCCCCUACUAUGGACUAUGCACGAAAACUCUUUGAUGCCACACCUGAAAGGGAUGUAUUUCUUUGGAACACCUUGAUUAGGGGUUAUGCUGAUCAGGGUCCUUGCCAUGAAGCCAUAGUUUUGUACAGAAACAUGCAUCGCAGUGGGUUGUCACCUGAUAACUACACUUUCCCUUUUGUGGUUCGGUCCUGUGCGGUGCAGUUGGCUUUGAGGGAAGGGAAAGAAGUGCAUUGUAAUGUAAUUAAAUAUGGGUUUCAUUCGGAUGUGUUUGUUCAGAGCGCUUUGGUCAGUAUGUAUGCACAGAGUGGAGAAACUUUGGACUCAGAGAUUGUUUUCAGCGAAAUGGUUGUGAAGAACAUAGUUUCUUGGACUGCAAUGAUAGCAGGGUAUGUGCAAAAUGGGUUUUAUGAAGAAGGGUUGGGUGUUUUGCGAGACAUGGUGGCUUCAGAUACCCAACCAAAUGUUGUAACGCUGGUCAGCGUCCUCCCUGCUUGUGCUAGUUUGGAAUUUUUGGAUUUAGGAAAAUUGAUUCAUGGUUUUGGAAUAAAAGUUGGUGUUGACAAAGAUGUAGCACUCAUGAAUGCUUUGAUUGCAUGUUAUGGCAAGUGUGGGAAUCUUGACACUGCAAGAUAUUUAUUUGAUGGGAUGGCAGUAAGAAAUUUGGUCUCAUGGAAUGCAAUGAUCGCUGCGUAUGAACAGAAUAAUUCAGGGACAGAGGCAAUAGAACUCUUUCGCAGGAUGCAAACUGAAAAUGUCGAGUAUGACUAUAUCACACUAGUCAGUGUUAUUUCCGCCUGCACUAGCUUGGGUGCACUUAACACUGGGAGAUGGUUGCAUGAGCUCAUUCGAAUGAAAGGCUUUGGAACCAAUGCUUCAAUCACAAAUGCACUCAUUGACAUGUAUGCAAAGUGUGGCAACAUAAACCUGGCCAAGGAUGUAUUUCAGGGGUUGCCUCAUAAAAGCGUUGUGUCCUGGACAUCUAUAAUAGGGGCUUGUGCUUCUCAUGGUCACGGUGAUGAUGCUCUCAGGCUUUUCUCUAUGAUGAUAGAACAGUGUGUCAAACCAAAUAGUUUCACUUUCACUGCUGUUUUGACUGCGUGUAGGCAUGUGGGUCUAGUAGAAGAAGGGAGAAAGCACUUUGAGAGCAUGAUCAAAGACUACUCAAUUUGCCCUGGUUUAGAGCACUAUGCUUGUAUGGUUGAUCUUCUGGGUCGAGCCGGCUGUUUGCUAGAGGCUUAUAAGUUUAUUGAGAGGAUGCCUGUUGAUCCAGAUGUGGGUGUUUGGGGAGCUUUACUUAGUGCUUGCAGGAUACAUGGCAAUGUUGAGCUCGCCGAGCUUGUGACAGCACAUCUGUCCCAUUUAGAUACUCAAACAGUUACAUCCUACGUUCUUAUGUCAAACAUAUAUGCCGAAGCCCGUAGAUGGGAAGAUGAAGCUAGGUUGAGAAACUUGAUGCGAGAAAAGGAGUUGAUGAAGUUACCUGGGCAAAGUUCUGUUGAGGUGAAUCAACGAUUUUAUACAUUUCUAUCAGGUUCAAGAUCCCGAGCAUCUUGUCUGAAUUAAG